CACCCCUUGUUCUUUCUUCCCAAAUCAAAAGAUCCAAAACCAAACAGAGGCAAAAGAGCCCAAUCGCAGAGGAGGCCAUUUCAAGGUAGUCCCAUAUAUAGAAACCCAUUUUCUUUGCUUGCCUAUUAGUAUGUCUCUGCACCUUGGUAACCUAUCAUCUCGCAUUCGUAGAGAUGAACUUGAGCGUGCUUUCCGGAGAUUCGGACGGUGUAAUGUUCGCGUGAAAGACAAAUUUGGAUUUGUAGUUUAUGACUAUCAUAGAAAUGCUGAGAAAGCUCUAAAAACACUUCGAGGGAAGUUCAUAUGUGGAGAGCCAAUAAGUCUUUCAUGGUCUAAUAAGCAGCCUCGGUUCUUGCAGAAAUAUACACGAGAUGUUAAAUCUUUUGAAGCAGUAGGAAGGACGCACUCUGCUAGGGAAGAUUAUGUUGACCAUGUUAAUCGUGGGGUUGGUUCAAAUGGGGAACAAGGUUAUAAAGAAAGUUUUAGGCAAGGGAAUGGUGGCGAAAGGCUUCCUGCUGAAAUUACGGAUGAGGCAUGCCAUGAGAAUAAAAAAGAUUACAAGGAACAUCAUCCCUUCGUGGAUGAUUUUCCGGAUCAAGGUGGAGGUGUUGAGGGAAACCUCUCAAAAAAUGAUAACCAAAUGAAUGAAAAUGUCCUUGAGGAUGGAUUGGAGUUUGAUAGAUAUGAACCUAAUGAGGCUGAUGAGCGGAAGGAGCAAAAUGUUUUGACACAUGGGGAUGGUUCACUCUCUUUGAGGAAGCCUGAAGAGAAAGCAGGAGUAGAGCAAAUUGAUCCUAAGACUCAAAAUGCUUGCUACAACUGUGGUGAAGCAGGUCACAAAAUGCAGAAGUGUCCCCAGGGGAUCAAGAGGCUUGAAUCCAGGACUUCAAGAAGACUUCGAGCUGGUCGUGACACAAUAUCAUUGAGGAUGACCAAAGGUAUCAGGGAGGCUAUUGAAUCCAGAAAUGGCCAUAGAUUGAGGAGUGAAUCUUCUCCUUCAGCAAGGACGACUCACAGAGGUGGAAGAAACAACCACAGAGAAAACAAGCGAUGUUGGAAGGAACAGGGGAGUAUUGAGAAGUUUCUUCCAAAAAAAGCCAGGGUGUCAAUAUCACCUUCAAAUCAUUCGAAUCAUACUUCAUCUCAGUCACGGUCCUCUUCUAGGUCAAUGAGGUCUUUGUCUCAGUCUCCCUCACCAUCUAGGUCAAAAUUAGUAUCCUCCAUUAAAGAUUCUCCAUUUUCCAGUUCACAUUCUGGUUCAUCAACCCUUCAUACCAGAGGUAAAAGUUACAAGUCUAAUAUGAAGUCGAGGUCAAGCUCUCCUACAUCAUCUCUGUCUCCGGAAAAGGUGCAGAAAUAUCAGAAGGCCACUUUCGUGGAUGCUGGUGACUCUCAGUCUAAUGGAGUUUUAUUUGAAGGGGAACCACUGGAAAAUAGUGCUGCUAGAAUGGAUGAUUCUAAGCUUGAAACCAUCAUUGUUCAAGUGGAAAAUCAAGGUGACGCUGCAGUUACUGAACUGGAAGAGGAUGUUGAGCAUGAUUGUUGUCAGAGGAGGGAUGCAAUAGAUAUAGGCAAAGAUUCUUGUCAAUGGAAAAAUUCAAAUACCACAGGAUCUGACACGUGUGAUCUUACAACAUGGAGUGCAUCUCCAAAGAGUUUGGCAGAGACAAGGGAGCUUCAAAAUAAUGAUGUGGUGGAAGAGCAGACAUGGGCACAAAAUCCAAAUUCUGGUUCACCAGUUGCUGAGAGGCUUCAUGCCGCUACUUUGACAAGUCUAUCCUCGGAGGAAGUAUACCGGGUUCUCAAACACUAUGCGCUAGAGAACCAAGAGAAGAGAGAAAAUGAGUUACCUGUGGAAACUUAUUUUGGUUGUUCUCGCUUGUGGCCUUGGGAAAUCAUUUACUAUAGGAGACUUAAGAAGGGCCUCAUUUCAACUGAGAACUAUUCUAGGAGGUUGGCGCAGAAUAAAGAGUUUGGUAUAGUGGACAAAUUUGUAAGAAGCAGUAGUGGUUGGGCAGAAUUGAAAAAAGAAAUCCUUUGACCGAUCGAUGGAUCAUAGUUCAUGCUUUUCCUUGUGAUGCUAUGCAGAAAUUGGUUAGAAGGCUUUUACUGACCCUUCAGCAGGUACCUUUUAUUACUGUUAUAAUUGUUUUAACCUAAUAUAAUAUAGUAGAAAUUUGGUCUGUUUUUGUCCCUCCUUCACUGCAUCUAACUCUGAUAGAGAAGGCAUGAGAACUGGUGUUUAUUUUUUCUGAUAAGCCUGAGGACAAUUGUUAGUUUCUGAAGUAAUAGUGUGUUGUUCCAAAAAGUGACAAAGUUAGCUCUGA